AUGGAAUUUCCAAUAUAUGAUGGAAGUAUUCAUCCAAGCGAAUGGCUGAAACAAGUUCAAGCAACUUGUUUACUUAAACAAAUUACAAAUGAUGAAUUCGUCCUUAAAAUUGCAAAAAUGAUGAUCGAUUCUUCAAUUAAAAUUCCUGAAAAUAUUUCCACUUUUGAUGCACUUAUUAAUGCUUUAAAAGCAGAUAUUACAUUUUCAAUUUUAAAAGCACAAAUGAGAAGAGAAUUACAAACAUUAAAAUACAUUCCCAUAAGAGAAGGUGGCGCACCUUCAAAAUUCAUUAAUAAAUUUCGUAAACUCUGCCGUGAUGCUGAAAUCAAUAAUUUACAAGAACAAAAGACUUACCUUUAUUUUUCACUUUCAAAUGAUUAUUAUAUUUGGAAUGAAUUUUAUAAGAAAAUGAAAAAUAUCAAAUCAACAAAUGAAUUAAUCCAAGAAUUUGGGAAAAUUACUAUAGAUGAAACAAAUUUAAUCAGAAACGGAUCUAUUGUAGCUUUAAAACACGUUGCUACAGGAAAAUAUUUAAGUUCAAUUAAGGAUUUAUGCUACACAACUGGAAGCAAGACUCAAUUGGUCUUUGCAAAUAAUUUGCUUGAUUCGGAUGCUUUAUGGAAUAUUACAUUUACGAGCGGUAAAGAACUAGCUUCAUACACCGAUACUAAUAUAUGUUUACAACACAAAAAUUCUAGAGCCUCUCUUGGACUUUUUUUCAAUUAUCAUUAUAACCAGUACCAAUCUCCAGUAACUCAGCACACGGAAGUAAGUUGUAACCCAAAAGAUAGUUACCAUUAUACUCAAUGGAAGUUUAAUAAUAAGGGAUAUUUGAAAUCAAAUGAUAUUAUUAAUCUUAGUAUUAAUUAUAAUCGGCAAGUAUUUUUACGUAGUCAUGAUCUUCAAUUUACUAUUGGAAAUUAUACUUUUCAAGAGGUUGUCUGUCAUAAUGAAAGACUUUGUGGCAAUGAUGAGUGGUGCAUUGAACUUAUUAAGCAGAGUUAA